AUGUAUCGCUCAAAGCUGCAGAACGUCGGGUAUCUCAGCCAGGUCUGCCUGCUGCUGAGCACCCUGAUUCGACCCAUUCCUGGACUUCUGCUUUUUCCCACCUCAACGGUGCUCCAGCUGACCUCAUCCAUAUCCAUUCCCGCCGACCUCAACACCCGCACCAAAGUAUUCAUGGACAUGGGCUUUCAGAUGAACUACAACCUGCCGCCCACGGUGUCCGCCUUCUACAAUGCCACCAUCUGGGCCGAUGAGCUGUCCCGGAGACAAAAGCGCCAGUUGGACAACAGCCUGGUUGCUAAUCUGCAGCAGUGGGAUCUGGAGGGCGGCAUGCAUCCCGGCGAUUUUACAGCCGGUCAACUGUACAAGGGUAUAGAAAACAUGCUCGAGACUUAUGGUUUCCAUAGAUCCUGUCUGCUCCGCAGUGUCUGCGAGCUGGCCCUGCAUCCUUUCGCAGAAGACCACUUCUAUGGAAUGGUCACCCAAGUUAUAACCUUCCUGCUCACACCAUCUCAACACGAGGGAUUCGCCGAGGAUGAGCAGCAUUAUCGUGAUAGAUACGAAGAAGCCGAGCAAAUUGGCUUUCUCGGUGGUCAGUGUCAUCUAUCAUAUCCGAGUUGUCAAGCAGAUAUCAUAAACCUAGCCACCCGACUGGUCAGAUGA